UGCCCUGCCCGCGCCCAGCGCCAACCCGCCGGGGUCCCCGCGCCGGACCCAGCAGCUCGGCUACCCGGGGCCGGACCGAGGCCGCAAGAAGCGCCGCGGGGUGUGGGGCGGACCCAGGAGAUGAAAUGACAACGUCAACCCUCCAGAAAGCCAUUGACCUGGUGACAAAAGCCACAGAAGAGGAUAAAGCCAAGAAUUACGAGGAGGCACUCCGGCUCUACCAGCAUGCCGUGGAGUAUUUCCUACACGCUAUCAAAUAUGAGGCACACAGCGACAAGGCCAAGGAGAGCAUUCGAGCCAAGUGCAUGCAGUACCUAGACCGAGCGGAGAAGCUGAAGGAUUAUUUACGAAACAAAGAGAAGCAUGGCAAGAAGCCAGUCAAAGAAAAUCAGAGUGAGAGCAAGGGCAGCGAUAGUGACAGUGAAGGGGAUAAUCCAGAGAAAAAGAAACUGCAGGAACAACUGAUGGGUGCUGUUGUGAUGGAGAAGCCCAACAUUCGGUGGAAUGAUGUGGCCGGGCUCGAGGGGGCCAAGGAGGCCCUCAAAGAAGCUGUUAUUUUGCCAAUUAAAUUCCCACAUUUGUUCACAGGCAAGCGUACGCCUUGGCGAGGGAUACUGCUCUUUGGACCCCCUGGCACAGGCAAAUCCUACCUGGCCAAAGCGGUGGCGACAGAGGCCAACAACUCCACCUUCUUCUCUGUGUCCUCCUCAGACUUGAUGUCUAAGUGGUUGGGGGAGAGUGAGAAGCUAGUCAAGAACCUGUUUGAGCUGGCCAGGCAGCACAAGCCUUCCAUCAUCUUCAUCGAUGAGGUGGAUUCCCUCUGCGGGUCCCGCAAUGAGAAUGAGAGCGAAGCUGCUCGAAGGAUCAAAACGGAGUUCUUGGUCCAGAUGCAGGGGGUGGGGAAUAACAACGAUGGGACCCUGGUUCUCGGUGCCACAAACAUCCCGUGGGUGUUGGAUUCAGCCAUUAGAAGGAGGUUUGAAAAGCGGAUUUACAUCCCGCUGCCCGAGGAGGCUGCCCGUGCCCAGAUGUUCCGGUUGCAUCUGGGGAGCACCCCCCACAACCUCACUGAUGCCAACAUCCACGAGCUGGCCCGGAAGACGGAAGGCUACUCAGGCGCUGACAUCAGCAUCAUUGUGCGGGACUCCCUCAUGCAGCCUGUUCGAAAAGUACAGUCGGCAACACACUUCAAAAAGGUCUGUGGCCCUUCCCGCACCAACCCUAGCGUUAUGAUCGAUGACCUCCUGACCCCAUGUUCCCCAGGGGACCCAGAGGCCAUGGAGAUGACUUGGAUGGAUGUCCCUGGUGACAAACUCUUAGAGCCUGUGGUUUGCAUGUCGGACAUGCUCCGGUCUCUGGCUACCACUCGGCCCACCGUGAAUGCAGAGGACCUCCUGAAAGUGAAGAAAUUCUCAGAGGACUUUGGACAGGAGAGUUAAAAAUUUCUUCACUCGGUGAUGGUGAAGGUGGGAGGAAUUGAUUGGGGUAAAAAAAAUCCACGGCACCCCCCAUGUCAGCAGCCAGACAGGGCCCGGGGCUCAUCUUCACGUCACUCUGGCGUCCCCUCUGCUGUCUGGCCACCAGCCGGGGAGUGGGAAGGAAGGGCCUCCGGGGCCGCAGAGACACAGAAGCACAUUCGGCACUGGGUGGAAUACUGGUUCUUCCUACUUCUUCCUACUGGUUCUCCUCCUCUUCUGGAUGCUCAUCAACUCCUUGUCCUGCCCCUCCACGUUUUGUUUUGUUUUUUGAACCUUUCUUUGUUCCCCUAAAUUAAUGCUGCUUGGAUUUUUGUCUUCUUUAUAAAUAAAGUUAAAAUCUCCCAGAAGCGUCAAGGAGUAGGAGCAGCCCACACUGUGGGGCUGGUGCAGACCGUCAGAAUGGCUUGCCAGCUCCCUCCGCCCUUUCCUUCUAACCCAAGUUUUACUCCUUGUGCACACAAUGGCGAAUGCCCUAGGUCGCCAGCCCAAGCCCUGCCUGUAAAGGUUGAGAGUAAAGCCAAGCCAUUCCCAACCCCUACGUCAGCAUCCCCGGCCCUGUGUCCUCCCUGCAGGAGGAGAGGAUGGUUUUUGUGAGCACAAAGCUAUGUAGAUCAGAAUGAGUGAGGGCAGUCAGGUAGGGUUUCACUGCUGCCUUCUCUUCCCUCUGAAUGUGAGAACGCUGAACCCAGCCACUGCCCCUGGCACCCCGCCCUGGAAAUGGGCUAAUAAAUCCUUUUCCCUCUUGA